AGCCUCUUCCAGAUCUACCCAAAGUAUUCUUAGCCUCUGCCCUAUCCCUCCCACUAAGAGCCACUCUGAGUCCCAGAUCCACACCCCUUGCUUCUAUUAUGAUUUUAUGGCUAUGAGGUUUGACCAAGACUUCGCACAGGGCACCAGGUUUGACCAGUCUGAUCAAUGAGUAACCAGGGUCCAAUGGAACAAACUCCGCGUUUGCUGGGAAUUCUCAUAGUCGGACAGGAUUAAGUGCGAUGGCUGUACGGAUUGAGAAGUCUGCAUUUCAUGUUCCAAGUUUGGAGGAACUUGGUGAAGUGCUGCACGAUGGGCUGAAGACAAACUUUGCAGAUGUUCAGGUGUCUGUGGUGGACUGCCCAGACCUCACACAAGAACCAUUCAGUUUUGCUGCUGCAGGGCUAUGUGGGAAACCUCGAAUAGCAGAUGUGGGAGGAGUUCCUUAUCUUCUACCUCUUCCACAAACUGAGAAGAUUUAUAAUCUCAAUACUGUUGCUAAGGAAGUGGAACUGCCUGCUGCCUUCAUCCUUGGAGCUGGAGCAGCAUCAUUUAAAGCUGUGGGUGUGAAUGCAGAGCUUAUGCCCAAUGUCUUGACCAAAGGAGGUGGUAAACCUGAAGCGAAUCACAGUUAUAGUGCCAAAAUAAACCCUGUGACGGGUGAGUGUAUCCUGGAGAAAUAUGGUGAAAAGUACAAGACCUGCGAUUUUGCGCUGCUGGCAAACUUGUACAUUAGUGAGGGGAAACCAGGAAAGGUUGUUGAAGUAAGAAGCAGCAGAAGAACAGGACAGAGUAAUUUUGUGAGCUGCAUGAGGGAAGCACUUGAACGGCACUAUGGAGAUAAGCCUAUAGGAAUGGGAGGGACUUUCGUCAUUCAGAAGGGAAAAGCUAAGAUUCAUGUUAUGCCUGAGUUUUCUCCCUGUCCUCUGGACAGUGAUGAGGCUGUAAACUAUUGGCUGAAGUUCUUUGACAUGACUGCUCCUCUCGUCUGCCAAUCAGUGUUUGUGUCCCGGGAUCUGGGAUUUGAUCUUCGAGUGGAGCAUACCCAUUGUUUCAGCCAUCAUGGAGAAGGUGGGCACUACCACUACGACACUACCCCAGACACUGUGGAAUACCUGGGCUACUUCUUGCCAGCAGAACUCCUUUAUCGAAUUGACCGGCCAGAGAAAACUCACAACAUAGGGCGUGAUUAGUAACACUUGAAGGCAAUCCUUCUGAAAAUGUAACAAGGCCUUAAAUUCUGAAUUCAUUCAGUAAUGCUGUGAAUGCUGAAUUGUCAGUGCUAUCAUUAGGAUUUCAGUGAAGUGUAUUAAGUUUCCUACUCUGUCAACUUGAAUUGUGAAAAUCAGUCAACAGUAUAAUUUCGGAAUUUAUAGUCAUUUGGUAGUACAGAACUUGAGCAUUGCUGAAAAAGAGAGACAUUUUGUCAAAGCUUUUUGUCCUGAUGAGUGGAAGAUGAAAAACUUUGACAAAAUGUCUCUUUUUUUCAGCAAUAUGGCAUUUAUCCUCUUUUGUGUUUGGAGAGAGCAUUUUGAAAAAAUGAAUUUUGGGUAAAUUUUGAGUGGUUACAGGUCUAACAUUGGGGAUGAGAAGAAUUUGUAGAAGUUAUUAUGUAAUUUUUUUCAAUGGCUUUUGGGUAUCAGCACAUUAAGCUUAAUGACACUAUUGGACGAUGGUUCCAUAUAGUUCUCUGAUCUGUACUUUUAUAAUUUUCAGAAUUAUGUAGAAAAUCAUGUUUGUGAUUAUAUGAAAAGAAUGUGGAUACGUUGUUUCAAAUGGAAUCUUGAGCCCAUUUCAUUAGGUAUAUGUCAGCAUUAAGAUCUAAAAUUAUUAUUCAAACAUUUAGUCCUGUAGAAUAUUAAAUCUUCAUUAAUAAAAGAUUGCGAUAAUGAA